GGAGGAGGGUGAGGAGGUGCUGACCUCCUACAGAGCAGCAGCAGACUUUACAGACCAAACUCCAGCAGAAAAUCUGAAGAAAAAACUCUUAUCCUUUGAUUCUGACAUAACAAAGACAGAGAAGAAGAGUAUGUGGGUGCAGGUCCAGGUCUUUCAUCCGGGUCCAGGUCCAGCCUGAGGAGGACGGGCUGUAACUUUACUGCUUCUUCUUCUUUCUCCUGCUGUUUUAACUCAAACCAGAUGGUCUCAGUCUGACUCCACCGCCGGGUCUGUUGUUUUUCACUUUUCUCUCAGACCUCCAAACUUCACCCUCUCUUCCUCUCAAUCUAACCCUGAAGUUGAAGCGUUUCUUUGCUCAGAUUAGACCCGUUUGGAUUUCAUUUCCACGUUAACGGAUCUGUCUCUCGGUCCCGUUAUGUGAGUUUGAGUUUCAUCCGCUGACAGGACGCAGGACUUUCAGCGGAGCGGCUGCGCACUCAGGAUUGGACCAACACACCUUGGGGGAUAAUCUGGAGGACUCAAGAAGAAGUUAUUGUCUUUGAAGUUUCAGAUGUUCAGUGAUUAAACACGCAUGAUUCCACGCAGGAGGACGGAGGAUGCAGUUCGGCUGAUCUGAAGCGAAGUUCGCUUCUUCGCCGCGCGCUGUGCCGCCUCUGCGUCUGUUCGCUGCGCGCAGAGCGCAAGGAUCAGGAUUUAAAGGGCCACCGUAUUGAGGAGAUGAAGAUGAUGAUGAGGAGUAAAGGAGAACCCCUCAGUGAUGUGAAGUGAAGCACCUCCUCCUCCUCCUCAUGCGGUGCCUCCUGUUGUCUCUGCUGAGGGAGGCCGGGAUGCUGCUCCGCCGCCGGUCCCGCUCCGGGCCGCUGCUGCUGCUCGGGGUGGCGGUGUGUCUCUUCUACCAGACCCUGAUGGUGGCCCGGAACCGGCUCAGGUCCGGACCGCAGCCCCCCGCAGCGGAAGUGAGGAGCAGGAGGCCAACAGAGGAGGUGAUGAUGGAGGAGACCCGGAGCUUCAUCUCUGCUCUGGAGACUCUGCAGAGGGAGGCACAGGUCCAGGUCCAGUCUCAGUCUCCUCCCCGCCGCCGUCGGGCUUUGGUUCUGACAGGUCAACAUGCGGUGUCUGACACAGAGGUCCAGCUGUACCAGAGAGUCCUGCAGCAGCUCCACUACCAGGUCCAGAUGUCCCGAUACGCCGAGACUAGCAGUUCGCUCCGCCAGAACCAAGGUGUAGGUGGGUGGAGUCUGUGUCUGUGUCUGAGCAGUGCAGAGAGGAGCUGUAUGAGGAGGAUCUCCUACUCUCACCUGCAGCUUCAUCAAAUGGUGAACCUGCUACCUGAGCUGAUGGAGGCGUUCUCUGACGCAGGGGGAGGGCUGUGUCAGUUCCUCACUCGUUUACACCUCACAGGAUCUAAAUUACCCAUGAUGCCUCACUCCUGUGGAUCGACCAAUCAAAGGCUGCAGGUUCCUCAGGAGGAGGAGGGCUGGGACAGUCGCUCACCUGUUGGAGCUCUGGAUGCCACGGUGAAUGUUUACGUCCUGGUGACGUCAGUGAAUCCACUCAUUUCCUUCCUGCAUGACAUCAUCGUGGUGAGGACCAAUCAGGAGCAGAGGGGACGGACCAUAAAGCUCAGGGACUUCCUGCUGCAGCAGCUGGGAUCAAACAUUUCACAUGACGCUGUAAUGCAGGUGAAGAGGGUGACAGGAGAGGUGCUGCAGGCUGCUGUGUCGACCAAUCAGAAGAAAGAAAAUCACAACAGGUGUGUGCUCUGUUACCAGCUGAUGACCUUCACUCUGCAGUUCAGUGGCUCCAUCACACCUGUUGUUGUUCAGGUGGAUGUUGAUCUGCAGUUUUCGGCUCUGAGUGACGACACAUUUGACGGACAGAUCACCAAAGACCUGAUCCUGGAGGACACACUGCACUUCCUGCUGUCCUCACACACACACCUGUCCUCAGAGACACGGAGACAGUACGGUGGCUGCAGAGGGUCACAUGGCGUCUGUUUGUCAGAGGAGGAGUUUGUUCUUCUUUUCCAGUUUCAGCAGCAGAUGGAAACACCUUCUCCUUUUCAACUGCUGUACCCCAACAUCUCUUCCUCCCCCUCCUCCUCCUCCUCUCCGCUCAGUGUCUCAGAUCUUCUCAUCAGGAUCAGUCGAUUCUACGAGAUUAGAGCUGAUGAGUCAGAGGAACCCACCAAUCAGGAGUCAGAUCUGUCUUCCUCACAGGAUGAAGACCUCUGUGUGGACCCUCAUCUGAGACAGAUUUACACUGACCCACCCCUCACUCUGACUCCGCCCUUCAGCCCCCACGUGAAGGAGUAUCGAGCUGAGGUGACCUUUGACACGGUGACCGUAAGAAUCCGACCUGAGCCCGUUAGCCCAGCGUGUCAGGUCCACCUGGACGAGCACCGAGGACCCAGGAUGGCGAACUAUCCAGUCGGUCUCGGUGACAGCAGAAUCAGCAUCCUGGUUACAGACGACGCAGAGCUGGAGCAUGUCGCGUUGACAAUCUACACCGUGCAUGUGUACAGAGAGAGCCGGCCCAGUCUGCCCAUGUUUGGAGAUCAUGUGAUGUGCAGCUUCCUGCAGGACUGUGGUCUGAUGGUGCAGCCGGGGCACCCUUGUGGUCUGCAGCCUUUCAGCCAAUCUCAGAGUUCUCUUCACACCUGCAGCUCAGGACAUCAACCAGGUCGGUGGGUGGUCCCGUGUCUCAGCUGUUCUGACAACAGGACAUGUGAUUGGAGGGAAGUUGCCUGGCAACCAGACGGCUGUUAUCACCCGUUAGUGGAGCGCCCCCUGCUGCAGGACUGCAUGGCGGGUAGGAAGGUGUUGUUUAUCGGGGACUCGACCAAUCGGGGGAUGAUGUACUUCCUGAUGGAGAGGGUGAACUCGAGUCUGGAGGACUGGGGGAAGGCUCACGACCUGCUGGUCUACAGGGACCUCAACUCAGGGCGGACCCAGGUCAGCUACUCGUAUUAUCCUCAGUUCUGGUUGGAGAAGAAGCUCAGGCCCACCUUCAGACAGGCUCUGCUGCAGCUGAUCCACAGGUCACGACCUCUGGUGAACUCCAACAUGACGGUUCUAGUUGUGGGCGGAGUUCAGUGGCUAAACUCGGAUCACCUGAGGACGGUCAGAGAAGUGCUUGACAGAGAGUCUCUGAGUGAUGUCCUGGUGGUGGUGAAAUCUUUGGGGAUGGGUUUCCAUCUCCCUGUAGACGGGAUCCGCUCUCUCGCUCUGAGAGAGAUCCAGCAGCUCUACAGAGAGAACAGUGAUAUCAUCUCCACAGCAAAGCAUCAUGGGUAUGAGGUGAUCGACACAUUUAGCAUCACGAUGGGUCGGUACAAAGAGUUCCUGCAGGGACGCUGUGCCUGCCACUUUCACGAGGUGGAGAAGAUUGAGUCCUCAAUCCUCUCAGAAAACACAACGUCCUCAACCAACAGAACCAGAUCCACUAAAACGGCUGCUGAACUCAGCAGCCAAUCGGCCAUGCUGGACAUGGAUCAAGAGAUGUGGCCCAAAGCCUUGUCCUAUCAUGUGAGAGGACCAGUGAACCAGGUGUACUCUGAGAUCCUACUUAGUCGCCUGUGUCCUAAAACCGGGAACUGAACACCUGAGCGAGUGAGAGAGAGGUAGAGUGUGUGUGUGUGUAUCUGUGUGUGUGUAUGUGGGGACUCACCUGUCUCAUUCACCUGCAGCAGGACUUGAACCUAGAGGUCAGCAGGUCCCAGAGACGGGGGAUGGAUGGAUCUCUGCUGAAGGAUGAAAACAGAGUGAAAAGAAAAGUCUCUGAUAGUUAUUUUCUUUCUUCAGGAGACCUCUGAGGUGUGACAGGACUUUAAUUUUUGUAAAAUAAUAUUUUUUAUAUUUUACGGUCCAAGCUGAAACAUUCAGUGUCCUCCCUGAUCAAUGCAAAACACUCAGAGAGAGACAUCAGAGUCAUUUAUAAGCUACAGUUUGUUUAUUUCAUGUCCAGUUUGUAGAUUAACACUAACCAAAUAAACACAACACAAAGUUUAUUUUUUUAAUACUCAACAUAAACAUGUCAGUAUUUUUGUUUCUGCAGCAGCAGAUUCGCGCUGUGCGAUAAAAACAUUUUACUUUUUAAUUUCACUGUGUUUCAAACACGAUACUAUUUGUGAUGCUGCAGAUGAAGUUUUUAAGGACAGCUUCAGGGCAGACCAGCUUUGUUUUACAACUCACCAGCUAGUUUAUAAUAUGCAAUUACUAGUUUAUUUAAUGCACUUACAAGUUAUUAACGUACACUCAUUCGUCUAUAACAUGAACUAGUAUUUAAUGUGCACACACUAGUUUAAAGUGUACACUAACUACUAUGUUAUGUGCACUUACUAGUUUUAUAAACGUGCACUUACUAGUUGACAGUGUGACCUUACUAGUUUAUCACAUGUAAGAGCUAGUUAAUAAUGUGUUUAACCCGUUUAUAACACGUUACUAUUAUUGCUACUUUCUGUAGUAAACUAAAAAACAAUCCAAAGUGUGCCCGCUAGUCUUUGAAGUGUACUAGCUAGCUAGUUCAUGAUAGUUCCCCUACUGUGUACUAUCUAGUACAUCAGCUACAUUAAGUAAAAAUGAGUAAUGGGAAUUAUAUUGAGUUCUACAAGUCUCUGAAGUUCACCAUCUGGUUUUGGUACACCUUCUUUAGUCUUAAAGGGACACUAGCUAGUUUAUGUAGGCAUUCGAUUUUACUGUGUUCUAACCAUUCUUAAAAGAACACAAAGACUGUGUUAGUUUAUACCUGCUACUUUUCAAUAAGUUAGUUUGUCUGGAAUAGUAACUAUUUUCACUUUUUUCAACACUGAUGUUUUGUUCCUGCAAUGUGUGAGCACUGAGCAGAUCUCUAUUGUGUUAUAACUGGUUGAUGAUAAAGCACCGCUAGUUAAUAACCAUUUACUAACACGUGAAAUGCACAGACCAGUUCCAGAUGAACACUGGAUAGUGCCUAAUGUUGAGUGUCCAAAGUAUUCUAACUAAUCUCUGUUACAUACCAGGUGUUUCCAAUGUGUCCAAGCUAAUAUAUUUGUGUAUUAGCCUUGCUAUGUUAUAGCUAGGUCUAAUGCUAACAAACAAAGUUUUUAACAUGGCCGAGUUUCUUUCAAGUAGCUGCUGCUUUCUAGUGUUAACUACUAACAAAUGUAGAGUGAAUAUUUAUUACUAGAUGAGCACCUGUUAGCUUGACAUAUAGCCAGUUUAUCCAGCCAGCUACGAGAUUACUGCUAGUUUGAGUUCUUGUUACUAUGGGACGCCGUUUGUAAAGUUGUGCACACCGAAAAUAACAACAACAUUUCUCCACAUU